AUGAUAGAGAAAUGCAUAGGAACGCAACGGUUUCGGAGAUUACAGAGAGUCAUGCGUCAAGGAAAGGUGACGUUUCUCUGUCUUCUUCUCACCGUCAUCGUCCUACGUGGCACAAUCGGAGCCGGUAAGUUCGGUACUCCGGAGAAAGAUAUAGAAGAGAUCCGCGAGCAUUUCUUCUACACGCGUAAACGAGCAGAGCCCCACCGUGUCCUCGUCGAGGUCUCCACGAAAACGACGUCGUCUGAAGAAGAAAACGGCAAGAACUACGAGACCUUCGAUAUCAACAAGUUAUUUGUUGAUGAAGGAGACGAAGAGAAAUCUGAAGACAGGAAGACAAAACCGUAUUCUCUUGGUCCUAAGAUCUCUGAUUGGGAUAAACAGAGGAUUGAUUGGCUCAAACAAAACCCUAAUUUCCCUAAUUUUGUAGCUCCAAACAAGCCUAAGGUGCUUCUUGUUACAGGUUCAGCUCCUAAGCCGUGUGAGAAUCCUGUCGGAGAUCAUUACCUCUUGAAAUCGAUUAAGAACAAAAUCGAUUACUGUCGGAUACAUGGAAUCGAGAUCUUUUACAAUAUGGCGUUGCUUGAUGCUGAAAUGGCUGGAUUUUGGGCUAAGCUUCCAUUGAUUAGGAAAUUACUUUUGUCUCAUCCUGAGAUUGAGUUUCUAUGGUGGAUGGAUAGUGAUGCUAUGUUUACAGACAUGGUUUUUGAGCUUCCAUGGGAGAGGUACAAAGAUUACAAUCUAGUGAUGCAUGGUUGGAACGAGAUGGUUUAUGACCAGAAGAAUUGGAUUGGUCUGAAUACAGGAAGUUUCUUGCUUAGAAACUCACAGUGGUCGCUUGAUCUUCUUGACGCUUGGGCUCCGAUGGGUCCUAAAGGAAAGAUCCGAGAAGAAGCGGGUAAAGUUUUGACCCGGGAACUUAAAGACCGACCCGCGUUCGAAGCCGAUGAUCAGUCCGCGAUGGUUUAUCUUUUGGCGACGGAGAGAGAGAAAUGGGGAGGUAAAGUUUAUCUAGAGAGUGGUUAUUACUUGCAUGGUUAUUGGGGGAUUUUGGUAGACCGGUACGAGGAAAUGAUCGAGAAUCAUAAACCGGGUUUUGGAGACCAUAGGUGGCCAUUGGUUACGCAUUUUGUCGGGUGUAAACCGUGCGGUAAAUUCGGAGACUAUCCGGUCGAACGGUGUUUACGGCAGAUGGAUAGAGCGUUUAAUUUUGGAGACAAUCAGGUUCUUAACAUGUAUGGGUUCGAGCAUAAGUCGUUAGGGAGCAGGGGCGUGAAACCAACGCGUAACCAGACUGAUAGGCCGCUUGAUGCGAAGGACGAGUUUGGGCUGCUACAUCCGUCGUUUAGAGCGGCCAAGGUCACGACGAGGACGUGA